GACGCAAUACGCUCAGUCUGAGUUUGACAUUGCCAAGUGUUGCCGGUUAUUGAUAACAAGGGCAAGAAAACCGAAUUAAAUUGAUAACACGUGGUAUAAUUGCGACUUUUCGUGCAUUUUCCAAUGGAAGCGAUCAGAAAUGGAUGGUUCAGCGAGAUUUCCGACGAGCUGUGGCCCGGUCAAUGUUUUUCGUUGAAGGUCAAAAAGGUGUUGCAUGAGGAAAAAUCCAAAUAUCAAGAUAUAAAAAUACUCGAAACGGAAACUUUUGGACACGCCUUGAUCUUGGAUGGCGUGAUUCAGUGCACGGAACGCGACGAAUUCAGUUAUCAGGAGAUGAUUUCGUUCCUGCCGCUAACGAUGCAUCCGAAUCCGAAAAAAGUUUUAAUUAUUGGCGGCGGAGAUGGCGGCGUUGCUCGCGAAGUUGCCAAAUAUCCGACAGUCGAGGAAGUGCAUCAGUGCGAAAUUGACGAUCGCGUUGUCGAAUUGUCGAAAAUUUACCUUCCGCACAUGGCAUGCGGUUUCAAGUCGCCCAAGGUCAAACUCACGAUCGGCGAUGGAUUUGUCUACAUGAAAAACAAUCAAGACCAAUUCGAUGUAAUUAUCACAGACUCGAGUGAUCCGAUUGGACCAGCGGUGAGUUUGUUCCAAGAAUCGUACUUUGAGUUGAUGCGAAAGGCACUGAAACCGGGUGGCAUUGUUUGCUCCCAAGGCGGCACAUAUUGGACAGAUUUGGAUCACGUGAAGCAAACGUUGACGUAUUGCAAGAAACAGUUCCCGAAAGUCGGAUAUGCGUCAAUUCAUGUGCCUUCGUAUCCAUCGGGGCAGAUUGGAUUUGUGAUUGGAUGUUUGAACAAAGACGCGAAUUUGGCAGAACCGAGUAAAGUGUUGACAAAUGAGGAAAUUAAAAGUCUCAAGUUGAGAUAUUACAGUCCGAGGACGCAUAAAGCUGCCUUUGAAUUGCCCUUUUUUGUUGAGGAUGCUCUGAAAGACAUUUAAAAAAUUUGUUUUUUUU